CUUGUAUUUAAAACAAAAUGUCGAAUUUUCUUUCCUGGCAUUUACUUGUUUGACUCCUUAGUAAUCAAUCAUGCUGUGGCAAUUCUGCUUGUCUCUGGCUUAUUUACUUGAAAGAGGUCCGGUUUCAGAAGAACCCCUUGCGCCGCCAAGCCUCAGAAUACCGUUGCAGAUAAAAUAUCAUGGACCACAAUCAUCAGAGGAUAUGGGAGAGGCCUACAGGGCUCUGUAUUCAGAAAAUGAUAUGAUACUUCCAAAGGGGUUCAGCAAUGGCGGUAUGGGAGAUACUAGGUACCGUUGGCCAGGAUAUCCCGGAGCAGCUUUAGUACCAUAUGAAAUUGACGAAUCUCUUUAUGAACAACGUGGACUUAUUGAGAGAGCUAUGAACCAAUUCCAUCAACAUACCUGUGUUAGGUUUGUACCAAGAACAUCCGAAAGUGACUACGUCAGAAUUCGAAGGGGCAACAGCUGUAAAUCUGUUGUGGGUCGUAAUUCUGGUGAACAAGAACUUAUCUUGGAUGAUGGAUGCAUGUACAUUGGAACUAUUGUACAUGAACUUGGUCACACAAUUGGAAUGCUCCACGAACACCAGAGAUCAGACAGAGACUCUUACUUAACCAUCUACAACGAAAAUAUCGAAGAAGGACAAGAAGACAGUUUUUCAAAGAUUCCCUCUGAAUUAGAAGCUUCUCUUUCUUCAUUUAACCAUAACUCCAUUAUGAUGUAUGGAAACUACGCUUACUCUAAGCAACCUGGAGAUUUAAAAACCAUGGAAUCUAAGAAUGGUGCAGAAUUGAUUGACCCGUUCCAGAAAUCAGGCCUUCACCAUAAAGAUAUUGAACAAAUCAACAGACUCUACCAAUGUCGACGACAAUAAAGUGAUAAAUUCUAAAAAUGUUGGACAGCGUGAAAAAAAUGAUGCGAUUAAAUAAUUGUUGUUUCUAAAUUCAGUAAAAUAUUUAUUAAACAUUCUUUAUUUUGUCAUUUUUGUAGAAUCUAAGAUAUUGUAACUCUAGAUAAAUAAGAAUAUUUAACUGAUAUCAUGCAA